AUGCUGAGCCGGCUGGUGAGCGGCAGCAGCAGGAGCCUGGAGCGCGACUACAGCUGCACCGUCCGCCUCCUCGACGACAACGAGUACUCGUGCACCAUCCAGAGAGAUGCCAAAGGCCAGUUCCUGUUUGACCUGCUGUGCCAUCAUUUAAACCUCCUGGAGAAGGAUUACUUUGGGAUCCGAUUUGUCGACCCCGACAAGCAGAGGCACUGGCUGGAAUUCACGAAGUCCAUUGUGAAGCAAAUGCGAUCCGAAAUUGGUGACUACGAUCCUGGAAAACACCCAGAGGGAUACAGUUCCAAGUUCCAGUUUUUCCCCAAACACUCUGAGAAAUUGGAGAGGAAAAUUGCCGAGAUCCAUAAAAUUGAGCUCAGUGGGCAGACCCCCGCAACGGCCGAGCUGAACUUCCUCAGGAAAGCACAGACCCUGGAGACGUAUGGAGUGGACCCACAUCCCUGCAAGGACGUCUCCGGAAAUGCAGCUUUCCUGGCCUUCACCCCGUUUGGAUUUGUGGUCCUGCAGGGAAACAAGCGAGUUCACUUCAUCAAAUGGAACGAAGUGGCCAAAAUAAAAUUUGAAGGCAAGACGUUCUAUUUAUACGUAAGUCAGAAAGAGGAAAAGAAAAUUGUUCUGAACUAUUUUGCUCCAACUCCUGAAGCCUGCAAGCAUCUCUGGAAAUGUGGGAUUGAAAAUCAAGCCUUUUAUAAGUUGGAGAAGUCCAGUCAAGUUCGCACCGUUUCCAGCAGCAACUUAUUUUUCAAAGGGAGCCGGUUCCGAUACAGCGGCCGAGUUGCCAAAGAAGUGAUGGAGUCCAGUGCCAAAAUUAAGAGGGAGCCUCCAGAAAUACACAGGGCUGGACUGGUUCCCAGCCGCAGCUGCCCCUCCAUCCCCCACGGACCCCGGCUCAGCAGCGUUCCCAGGACCCGGAGGAGGGCUGUCCACAUCUCCAUCAUGGAAGGCCUCGAGUGUUUGCGGGACAGCGCUCACUCCACCCCGGUCAGGUCGACCUCCCACAGCGACACCUUCUUGCUCCACUCGCGGAGCGGCAGAGCAGAGAGCAACGAGCGCGUGGCCAUCAUCUCAGACGAGGUCUACAGCCCAUCGGACAGCGUGCUGCCCACUCCGGUGGCCGAAGAGAGCCUGGAACUGAUGCUGCUGUCCCGGCCGGUUAACAGCACCCCUUGCAGCAUAGAGGAAGAGGAGUCGGAAGCCGGCGCUCCAGCCGGGGAGGCGCAGGAGCUGGGAAGGGACCUCUGGGCCUUGUGCAGCAGUGGAGGAGCCCAAGCAGAACAGGUGAAUAAGUUUGUUUUAAGUGUCCUCCGUCUGCUCCUUGUAACAGUCGGACUCCUCUUGGUUUUGCUCCUUCUCCUGAUCAUCCUUACGGAGUCUGACCUUGACGUUGCCUUUUUCCGUGAUAUUCGCCAGACCCCUGAGUUUGAACAAUUCCAUUAUCAAUACUUUUGUCCCCUCAGGCGAUGGUUUGCCUGCAAAAUCCGCUCCGUACUCAGCCUGCUCAAUGAUACCUGAAGGCAGUUGUCCUCCUAGUAACUAGCCGGGCGGACUGUGGAAGAUCCCUGCUGCCCAUUCCCAGAAAACGGGGCUCAUCGUGGCGCCAUCAGCACAUAAACUAAGUCCUCCUCCUCCUUCUCCUCCUCUCAUGUUUCGGCCCAGGAGGGCGUUUCCCCAGCUGAAGAUAAGGACAGGCUCAUGCCAGAGCAAACCCACCACGCAAUCAAUUCCUUUGCAGGUCCACUUGGGGGAAGCUCCCUCAGAGUUCUUGCUUUCCGACAUUCAAAUUACUCUGCACUCUUCAAAUUUAGUUUUGCUUUCGUAGAGAUGUUAACUGCAGAAACUUCAAAUAGAAAGAGCUUAUUUUAUUAUUACUAGCGUUGGACUAAAUGCCAGCCUUCAGCCGGGACACCAGUUCAUGAAGACCACUUACUUCAUGCAGGAGCUUUUGUAAUGGUGCUACUGAGUUGUAAGUUUAAUAAUAUAGUAUUAUUUUAUUAAAACUGUCACUGUGCAUAGCACUACCAUCUUGGACAUGGACAUUGAAACCAGGGCAGUUUUAUUUUCUUUCCAAUCGCCAGGCUUCAUGUGGGGGGGGGGGAUUGGACCAAUGCCAAUAUUGUGAGGUCAUUUAGCAUUAUUAAUUCUUUUCAAGCAAUAGAUGGUUACGAGAGGAAGUCAACAGGCAUAAAUUUAUUUCUUCCCUUAGCAGGGAGUGCAACGGCCAUUCAAUACCUGUCUUUGGUGAAUUUCGACCCUUGGCCUUUACAAUCCCACGGAGACCUUUUCUUAGGAUAGUUGGGUGCCAAAGGAAGCAGGAGUUGGAGUAAGUAGGGAAGAGUCGAUCUGUGUACCUGAUGGUGGUUUUUGAAAUCUUGCCGUCGUGUAGUGCAAUCGUCAGGUCUGGCUUCUUUGAAUGAGAUUCUGCCACAGUAGAUGUUUUGUAUUAUGAAAGAACUUAUUUCAACCUAUAUUUUAAGAAAAAAAUAUAUAUUUUGUUAAUGAACCAAACCUUUUUUUACUUUAUAAAUUGGAUAAACGUAGUGUCAGGUAUCAAGUGACGGAGAUACUCUCAAGGUUACAAAUGUUUUAGAGCAAUGUGUUAACACUGCAUCAACCAUCCACCGUUUCUAAAAAAAAAAAAAGUGGGGUGUUUUGUGCUGUUUAAAAUGAAAACGAGGAGAAAUGACACCCGCAGAGAGAAGAAAAACAAUCAAACCAACGUUGUCUCCAAAGCAAAGGGAAUCCAGAUUUUUGUCGUAUUUCGUGUUGUGAUUCAGAGAACAUUCCCUAAAAGCAGCUCAUUUGUACAGGGAGCAAUAAAACUCGGGAAGAGAGCGAGCGCACGCGACCUGAGGGGCAAGGGGUCUAUUUCAUCUCAGGGAGAGCUUUCAAGUCAUUCGAGGAUCGAAUCAGAACUAUUCCAAGAGGCCGGUUUCAUGACCUGGACUCUGCCCGGGCAGCCCUAGGGACGCACACAGGAACCGAAGCACUGCCAGGACCAAUGGGAAGGAGGCUGUGGAGGUGGGGCUUUGCGCAACGACUUUCCCUCCACAGCUGGUCAUUCGCCAUUCAAACAAGAGCACAAUUAACAGCAUUAGCAAUACGUGGGAAUGGGCACGACUUAAGACGGGGCGCAUGCACAUUGGAAGAUCCUGGUCAAUGCAGCGGCUCACCUAAGUCAGCCGUUAAAUAGCACGGACGGCCCUCUCAGGAGCCAGAAGCAAAUGUGGCUUUCGCAAGAGGAACGGAUGCGUUACACUCUGUAUCGUCUACGAGAUGAUGGAGGGGGGCCUAUCCAAGGAUUUAUAACAUUUUAUGCAACAAAGCAACAAAAACUUCUAGUGUGGUGUUCCUACCUCAGUCUGUAGUAAAUGAUGCUUCUAUGCAGCGAGGGAAAAGUUUUCAUGUCGUAUAUUCUCCAUUCCAGAGAAAGAUGCAAACGUUCACAUGUUAAUUGUUGGUGGUGUUUCUCAUGCCUCAAACCUGUCCAAUUCUACCUGUAACUAUUCCAUGCAAUACAUUUUUUAAAUAGACAAGAUGCAAACUUGGAUGGGGGGGGGGGGCAAGUCAUUCUUGGGGAGCUGUUGACCCUAAACAAUCCUGGGCCCAAUCAGGAACACUUUUCUCCUGUGCACUUCAGAAGGCAUCGGGGGGGGGGGGGGGACUGAGCUGUUUCGGCCAAUCCAACCCUUCGGCCUCCCGUUUCGUGGUUCACGGCUCAUUUGUUCCAAAUCACAACUUGUGUAUGACUUGGGGGGGUUUCCACAGGUUGCUGUAUCAGAGGAAAGAGACUCUGAAUUGAGGACUAGCGUGUUACAUGCUGAAGCAGGAAAAGGUCCAUUACCUGAAAAUGUGAAUUUUCAUUUUCAUAAUAUAGUUGUUGUUAAUUCAUGUGCCAAAUACUAUAUGUCACAUUUUUCCUUCAAAGAUGUAAAUUUUUCUACAUAUUCAGCCUGUAGUUAGUGCAAAACCAUU